AUGCCCCCCAUGAAGCGCCCGUCUUCGAAGCCCGUUGUUGUCAGGAAGCCCGCGGCCGCCGCGAGUGACUUCGACGUGGUCCGCAAGCCAUCAGCUGUGGAUUGGCGCCAGUACGACAAGGAGUGCGACGCGAACUCGAGCCAGAGCGUCCCCUCCGACAGCGACUCCGAGGCGAAUGCCGAGCCCGACCUCAGCAGCAAGCGGGCCAAGACUUCGUCUGCAGUCAUCGUGCCUGGCCAGCGUCAGGACGGCUCGCAACUCCCCGUCGAGGACCACAGCCCCUAUACGGCCCAGCAGAUCUACGUCGGGAAGAAGUUCAUGAAAGCGGCGCCCGCCAUCAAGAAGCAGUUCGACGAGGGCAACCGCGAGGAGCGCAAGGUGCUCAUCAACUCGCUCGUGCCUCGCGAUGUGGCGUACUCGGCUGUGUUCGACAUGUCCAAGGCGCAGGCGUGGAUCACGCGCCAGAUGGCGACCAAGAAGACCGAGGGCGAGUUGUGCAAGCAGACGCACCACACCUGGUCGUGGUGGCUCAAGGAGUGGGGCGAGGAGCUUGUCGAGAAGGCCAAGCAGAGGAAGGACCUGGUCGAGGAUGCGGACGGCCUCUGGUACGAGCGGUCCAAGGAGCUGACUCGCAGGGUCACCAAGACGGACGAGAACACGACCGCGCUGAAGCAGGAGGGCGACGGCAAGCAGGGGCUCGAGGCGCAGACGACCAUGCAGAUCGACUGGCAGCA